AUGACCAACUCCUGCUCAUCAUUCCGUCCUCCUUACGCUCAUUUUGCCAUGAUUUACCUUGACCGUGAUGGUAAGCUUGAGAUUAUUGAAUCAUCUUCUAUUCGAGAGCAAAACUCCACUGUGUUCACCCCAGAAGUCCGCCAGAACUUUCUCGAGAUUCUAGGUGAACGUAUCGGCUACAAUGCCCCAGUUCUCCAGACAACCGACACAUCCCCUCGUCAAGUCAAACGUCGCAAAGGCAAUCCUCUUGCUCCUUCCGUCGACGACCGCCUGACUGAGCAGGACACUGAUAGCGAGGACCUCCCUAGCGGGUCUACCGACAUGGUUCCCCUUCGCAUUGGAGAUACCCAGAAUGUUAUGGCCUAUUAUGAGCGUGCGUUACAGCACUUUCAACAACUGAACUGCCGUACGGUUGCCAAGGCAUUCAUCAAAUUUAUCGAGCCUCGGAAGCAGGUCCGACACCCUUACAACGGUGGCAAACCACCAGGAUCCGCCCCCGGUACUACUGGUGACCCAGAAAAGACCAAGCCCGAGUGGUGGCCUCUCGGUGUUAUGCACAAGGAGCCUGACCACUUGAGAAAAGAGUACCGCAUUGGGCUCUUGCUUCACAUUAUCCGCAAACUCGGUCCUUACGGCAUUACUGCCGAUAAGCUUAAGGAUGUUGCUGGUGACACUAAGCGGAGCUUGAAGCACCCAUCCAAUGUCGAGAUCAUCUACAAGAUCCUCCGGGUUCGUAAGAUGGAGGAGCGUUUCGAACGAGGUGAAGUCGACGCCAACAUGGUCGUCUACAUCACGAGCCGCGGCCCUAGCCCUGAGGGUGAUAAAGAAGACGACUCCGCCACCUCAGUGGCUACUGAGGAGCCCGAGCACAUCAACCUAGGAUUAAUGAACCCCAUCCCACCAUUCGAGCAAGCAUCUACCUCCUUGAACACACCUAAUGACAGUAUCCCAUCAGCCUGUUCCCUCCCAGGCAGGCUCUCUAAGGCGGAGCCUCUCAACUUCCAAAAUCCUGCCCAUGACCCUCCCUCCUACGCCAAGCCUCAGCAAUACUCCGAUUCAUCGUCGGAGUCCAUGCUCAGCACUCCCAUGACAGCAGAGAUGAUCAGCCCGCACAACGCCUCAGCCUUAGCUUUCGACUACACCGCUCAAACCUACCCAAACUCCACUCCAGGAGUAACCGGUCACUACGACAACUGGACACCGUCUUUCCCUCAGAACAUCUUCAGCCCUGUACACUACGCUACACCGGUAUCUAGUCAGGGUAUGCCCCGGCUGUCAAUGAACGACCCAGUUUCCCAUCGCCAUGCCCACUUACCCAACAUGGACACCAUCCACCAGAGAUCUCUGUUUUUACGCACGGAGUCCUAA